AUGCCCUCGUCACUACCCGAUGGGUGUGACCCAGAUGACUACUCCAAUUCUUCUCAAGAACAUGCCAGAAACAAUGGCGAACAGGUCACCACUAACGACGACAAUGGUAACCUUGACCCUACAGCAGCCUUUACAGCAGCCUUCCGCUUGUUCGCUCUGCCACCUGAGCUUCGCCAUCAUAUCUACUCCUUCCUGAUACCGCAAAGCCUGACCAUCACAUUCGUGCACCAUACUCCCAAACGCUCAUGGUGCAGAAGGGAUUUGUACUGGGUAGCUAAUGGCAUCUCAAAGGACGGAAGUGUUAUCCAGCUUGGAGGUGAUCCUUUCUAUAGACGAACAGGAGUGCGCCGGCAUCAUCACUUCAAGGUAGAGUCGCAGCUGUUCCGCGUAAGCAAGCUUUUCCGCAACGAUGUGCAAUCCGUCCUCUACGGACAGAACACAUACAAGUUCACUGUACAUGGAGAGCCCCUCGAGCCAAUCUCAUUCCGCAGCCCUAUGAUAUUCGGCGCUCUAGGCCAGACACAGAUUACACUCUCCCAACUCCGCAAUCUACGCCACAUCCGCAUUGACCUUGUUGCCAACAACUACCAUUGGGCGGUCAAGCGCCAGCGCGCACGCCUGGAGUAUUUUGUCGAAAUCCUCAAAAUGCAUGCAGAUGAUGCGGAUAAAAAGUCUCUCCUGGAACAUCUCGAAGUACACUUUACCAUGACACCGCGGAAUUUCCUUUUUCCACGCGACAUAGAAGAGUCAAUGUUCGCACUGGAGAGCUUGGCUUCGCUGCGUGGUAUCAAGCAUGUGGACUUUACUGGUUUGCCGGACUGGUACUCCAAUUGCAUGCAACUGGUUAUCAAAGGAGAGGGUGGGGAUGUGGAGAUGACGGAUUGGCCGCUGAUGGAAGUGAAGCGUCGCACUUAUUUACUGAACAAUCGUAUGAAAGUGCACUGGGUCACGUCGCGUAAGUGGUAUCAGCCGACGUUGAACUGGAAGGAGUUUGCAGAGCGAAAUGGUGUCGACGUCCCAGAGGACAUUGACAAGUUUUGGGCGACGGUAGGGUAG